AUGUCGCGGGGACCGAAGCAAGCUGCUUCCCAGGAUAUUGGGGAUACUCGUGGCGAGCCUUUCAAGAAACCCCUCGUAGCUAGACGACGCCCGUCGGGCAUAUUAAGACAGCCUUCUCCCGCGACGUCUACAAGUGAAACCUCAUCACCGGAAGAAGAUGGCGAUGAAUUUGAUGUUGACUCUCAUCCACCUCUGCCAAGAUCCAGUGACGAGGGUCUCACUUUCGACACCAUACUGUCACCACAGCCCGGCAAAUCUCCCCCGUCGCUCGCUGAGAGGACCAUUGAGACUCUUUCACAGUUACCUUCCUCCCCCGCUUUUAAGCGGCACGGUAGUAAUUUCUUCGAGGGAGAAGCGCCUACGAGACCGCAAUCCAAAGGUAGCAUCAGCUCAAAGUCAAGGCCUGGCUCAAGCUAUCAAUCGGAUGCUUCAACUAUACGGUCGGUUAGAUCACUGAGUCGGCCGGGAUCUAGCUUGGGUAACAAUGACGGCUCAUAUUCUAGCUUCCGAGCCUCUACCAGCACCUUCAGACCACCGUUAUCAAAUGUCUUUGGCACUCCGGCAAAACGAGUAUCAUCUGUAAGCUCAAAGACUCCUGUUGGCAAGAAUCCUUUAGCCCUGGACCCGCGCCCGCGAUCCAGCCUGAGUAAAGUUCCUUCCCGAUCAUCAUUAUCAGCUUCCCCGGGCCUCUCCAUGCCGAAUCUGGAGGCUUCUAUCUCCAAGAACGGCUCCAGGACGGUAGCUUCUCGCCCCCUUAAAUCGCGGGCUUCGAUGAACAAUUUAUACAGAAAGCCAUCUCUUCCAUUUCUAGACCAUUCGGCAUCUCCCGUGGCCUCGAGUCCCACUCGCAAAGCCUCGCUUGUUUCUGCGAAAUCGUCUAGCACGUCUGGAGAUGGUCGUAACUUAUCAAGUGCUUCUACAGCUUCCACGGCGCUAACAAUCGAUUCUAUUGAAGAGGCGCCUGCAUCUAGUGCUCAAAAGUCAUCUGCUGCAUUGCGAGACCAGAUUGCCAAGGCAAAGGCGGCGAAACGUGCCGCGAAUCGACGAGUAUCAGUGACAAAAGUCCCCGAGGCUGAUGAAGAGCCAGUCAUUCCUACAGAUACUACAUUUGAUUUUGGCCUAUCGGAUGACCCUUUUGGUCAACGCCAAUUUGAGAGCGCAAACCGUAAAGUAAUGCAGUCACGAAUUGACACUGCCAGAACAACGGGAAGGCUUAAUAUUGCAGCCAUGGGUCUUAAAGAAAUUCCGACCGAAGUUUUGAAGAUGUAUGACUUCAAUCCUGCGGAUCGUUCUGGUAGCUCUUGGGCAGAGAGUGUCGAUCUGACUAGAUUUGUGGCCGCCGAUAAUGAGCUAGAGACGAUCGAUGAUGCUAUUUUCCCAGACAUCGAUCCCAGUGACCUCGAAAAUGAGGAGGACAGCAAAGGGCAUUUGUUUGGGGGCUUAGAAUCGUUAGAUUUACAUGGAAAUAUGUUGAUAGCUUUGCCCAUGGGCCUGAGACGCCUUCAGCUACUAACGUCUUUGAACCUGGCAUCUAACAAGCUUACCAACAAUUGCCUCGAGGUCCUUUCACAGCUAACUAAUAUUAGAGACCUGAAGCUCGGCAAUAACCUUCUGUACGGCCGUAUUGAAGAUGAUCAUCUGGCUAACUUGCAGAAUCUUGAAUUUCUUGAUCUUCACGGAAAUAAUAUUUCGUCUCUCCCUGACAGUAUCGAUAAGAUGACACGCCUUCGUAUGCUUAAUCUGAACGAAAACGCCUUGGAGACUUUGCCAUUCGAAAGCCUCUCAAAGCUCCCACUCACUGAACUGCUGGUCCGUAAGAACAAACUCUCUGGGACACUUAUUGGCCCCGGAGUGGAAAGCUUUCCACAACUUCAAAUCCUCGACUUGGCCGCCAAUCAAAUAAAAAUGAUAACUGACAGCGAUCAACCCCUCAAAUUACCAUCUUUACACCAAUUUACGGUGUCCAUGAACCGCAUCUCAUCGCUUCCCAACAUGAGCUCGUGGACUAGUCUUCACACCCUCAACGCUGAUGAGAACAGCAUCACAAGUUUCCCAGAAGGACUUGCAAGUCUUGAAAAUGUGCGCCAUGUUGACUUUACUAGCAAUGAUAUUAAGGUUAUACCUCCCGAGGUGGCUCGAAUGGAUAGUCUCAUUAUGCUGCGAAUUACUGGGAACCCUCUCAGGGACAAGAAGUUCACGUCGCUAACCACCGAAGAAUUAAAAGACACGUUGGCGGCAAGGUUGGAGCCUCCACCUCGGGCCGAAAUGGGCGGGAUGGAACAAUUCGGCAACGGGUUCUCGCUUGUUCCAUCUAGCAUUGGUGAUACCAAACUAGAUGCUGCAGUCAAUGGUGACAACGGAUCUGAACAGGGUCGUUCGGACCCCGACGACUUUACAACCCCGCCCACUUCAGCGCCUAAUUCUCCAGCUCUAGGUCGAUCAAGGGCUCACACUUUGAGUAGCCAGACCUGGCCCGUAAAGCCUGGAGGUCUUUUGGAUCGGUCAAACACGCAAUCAUCUUCAUUGCACCCGGUUGUCUGUUCCAAGAUCGCCGCGGUUCAUACUAUACGUGAUGUGCGACUGCAGCACAAUACAUUUACACAGUUUCCCAAUUCGUUAUCAUUCUUUACAGAUACAAUCACGUCUCUGUCAAUAGCAAAUAACCAGCUUACGGGGGAGAGUUGGUUGACGGAGCCAAUUGAUCUUACUGCACUUCAAGAGCUCUCUCUAGCUUCGAAUUUCAUUACCAGCCUUACACCGCUCACUACGAAUCUCUGCGCGCCAAACCUACAAAAGGCGGAUUUCUCGUUCAAUAGAAUAGUUAAGCUCCCGGCCCUGCGGGAGUUCUUCCCGAGUCUUGCUAUUCUGCAUAUCUCCAACAACCGUCUGGAAGAUCUUGACCCUGAAGCAAUUAAGGGGAUGAAAGUGGUUGAUGCCAGCAAUAAUGAAAUUGCGCAUUUGAACCCGCGUAUUGGGUUGUUAGGUGGCACAGGGAGCCUUGAGAGGUUGGACGUGACAGGCAACCGGUUCAGGGUCCCGAGAUGGAACGUCUUCGACCGUGGAACUGAAGUAACGCUUCGAUGGCUCAGGGGUCGUGUUCCCGUAGCUGAAAUGGCCGAGUGGAGAGCAAAAUCUGGUCAAGGCGAAGAUGAUGCAUUCAACGAUAUUGACUAA